AUGAUCGCCAAAGUCACGACACCGCCUCUUCGCAUCGAACUCAGUGGGACGCCUCGAGAGAUCGGUCUCCAACAUGGAACGCUCCUAGCCCAGCAAAUCCGCGGUCAGAUCCGGGUGUACGACACCAUGUUCCGCCGAACGUCCAAUCUCGACUGGGACGCCGUGAGAGCCGUGUCGCGAGAGUACCAGACGACACUGCAGCGACUGACGCCAGACCUGUAUGUCGAGAUGGAAGGCAUCGCCGAGGGCGCGGGACUGGACGUCUUGGACAUCGUCGCGCUCAACUGCCGCAGCGAGAUUGCGCUGGGGUUGUUUUCCGACGGCUGUUCCAGUCUGGGCUGGAAAAUGGGAGUUACCACAGAACCUGGUGAAGGUGAUGACGAAGAUACAGGAAAAGUGGUGCUCGCUCAGAAUUGGGAUUGGACGGCUAGAGUCAAGGAGAACUGUGUCAUCAUGUCGAUUGAGCAGCCUGGGAAACCCAAGAUCUUUAUCUGCAAUGAGGCAGGACUCGUCGGCAAGAUCGGGUUCAACUCAUCAUCCGUCGGCGUGUGCAUGAACGCGAUCCGGGCCAAACCCACAGACAGCAGCAAGAUCCCGGUGCACGUCGCUCUGCGAGUCUGUCUGAACAGCAAUACCGCGUCCGAGGCGAUCGCGCAACUAGAUGAGCUCGGGAGUAUCGCGUCGACGCAACAUAUCUUGCUCGCCGAUGCGGAGGGUCCGAUCAGCAUGGAGCUCUCGCCGCGUGGGGACGUGCAUAUUCGACCGAAAGACGGAGACAACGGCAUUGUCUGCCACACGAACCAUCUGCUCGAGAACCGCUACGUCAAAGAGUAUCCGUGGCUCGCGGGGUCGCCGAUCCGGCUGGGCAGAAUGAGAAAGCUGAGUGCGGGAGUCGCGCGAACAACUCCAAGCGGCACAGACGUUACGGGAGAUGUGCUGAGAAACGAGAUUUUUUCGGAUACAUUCAACGCCCCGCAGGCGAUCUGUUGUCAGGAGGACCCGGCCAGGCCGAUCGAGACACGCAGCAGCACUCUGUUUUGCAUUGCGAUGAAAUUCGGUCAUGGCCUGAAACCGACGGCCGAAGUGGUCUGGGGGCGGCCGGGUAGUGGCGAAGAAGGGCCGGUGAUCACUUUAGGUGGGGAGUAA